AUGUCGGCGCUGAAAGGCGCCGCACCAAUUCACUUUGGCUCGUUCCUUGUAACUCCUCAGGUCUUCCACCAAACACCGCUCUCUUUCGCCCUCGUCAACCUCAAGCCAAUCCUGCCAGGACACGUCCUCGUCUCCCCACGACGCAUCGUACCACGCGUCGCUGAUCUCACCGCCGCCGAAACAAGCGAUCUUUUCCUCACAGUGCGCCGUGUGGGCCGAAUGGUGGAGCGGGUAUACGGCGCCUCGAGUCUGAACAUCGCCGUUCAGGACGGUGUGGAUGCCGGACAGAGCGUGCCGCAUGUCCACGCCCAUAUUAUCCCCCGCAAAGCCGCGGACCUUGAUCAUCGUGGUGGUACAGAUGCCGUGUAUGACUUGCUAGACGGGGAAGAAGGGGAUGUCAGGAAGGCUUUUCGGGAAGCCGAUGCUACAGAGCGGCCGGAGACUAGGAGUCGAUUCCCUGCUGUGGACAAUGAAGAGCGCAAGCCACGUACGCCUGACGAGAUGAAGGAAGAGGCUGAGAUGCUGGCGCGCGAAAUGGAGAAGGAGCCGGUGGAUUAA